ACCUUCUUCUCUAACUCCUGGCUAAAAUGGUUUCUCAAAUCACUUAAUUAAACUCGUUUUCGUAGUUUCCUUCUUCUACACCACCAUCAUCUUUGUCUUUAGUUACAAUCGAAAUAUGGUGUCUGCACAAUCGAACCUUAUUCGAAAUAUUGUGGCAAUAAUAGGGAAUGGCAUCGCUCUAUGUUUGUUCUUAUCGCCAACGCCAACAUUCAUACAGAUUGUGAAAAAGAAGUCAACAGAAGAAUAUUCACCAGUACCGUAUUUGGCGACUCUCAUAAACUGCCUCGUUUGGGUUCUGUAUGGGCUCCCUAUGGUACAUCCGCACAACACACCGGUCCUUACAAUCAACUGCACAGGGAUCAUAAUCGAAGUUGUGUUCAUUACCAUUUUUUUCGUUUACUGCGGCCGUCAAAAACAGCGUUUGGUAAUAGCCGCUGUUUUAGCGGGUGAAACCGUUUUCGUGGCUGUUCUCACAGUGUUGGUCUUCACUCUACAACACACUACAAAAGAACGUUCGUUGAGCGUUGGAAUCAUUUGUUGCGUUUUCAACGUGAUGAUGUAUGCUUCUCCAUUAUCUGUCAUGAAAAUGGUAAUAAAAACAAAAAGCGUGGAGUUCAUGCCGUUUUGGCUGUCGCUAGCUGCGUUUCUAAACGCAGGCGUUUGGACGGUUUAUGCACUCAUACAAUUCGAUCCAUUCAUCGCUAUACCAAAUGGAAUUGGGUGUGUAUUUGGACUGGCCCAAUUAAUAUUGUACGCUGCUUACUAUAAAUAAUGGCGGAAAGAAAUAUCAAGUGCGUUCGUUCGUAUUCUAUUCAGAAACCCACAAAUUUCAAUCAACGGCUUAGCGGCGUUUGAUUUGAUCUUCUCACACUAUUUACCGUCCGAUUAUCAGCCUUUUCAUUUAAGUGAAAACUUCGUCACACUUUUUGCAAUCUUCGUUUAUGAAUUCCAGUGUCUGUUAUUUUAGGAGCAAUGUACUCUUUUCAAAGUACUGGGUGUUAUGUUAUAAGUUAUAAGAUUAUGUGCGCUCAAAUAAUAAUCUAUCACCUUGACA